CUUUUCUGUUUUCUUCUCUGUUAAGAAGAAAGAAAGAGAUCAGUUUUGGAAUCUCACUCAUCUCCGAGAAAAUGGUUGCUCGAAAAUUCGUCAUCCUCCACGAUGAUUCGAGCUUUGAAAUCGAUUACAAUACAGAAGAUGGUCUUGAGGUUCUACAGUAUCAGAUUUUCUCCCUCACUUUUGUUCCUCCUGAUGAGCAAAAGAUCGUGGCGGAAAGUGAUGAUCGAGUGUUGUCUGAAGAGACUGACCUCGCUUCUAUAUCCGAUAAGCUUCGACUGCUCUCAAUCGGAGGAAGCUCUGAGGAGGAGAAGAAGUCAGAAGAAACCUCUGGUGAGAACGAGCAAUCUAACGCGGAGAUGGUGAGAUCGGACGAAGAGUUUGCACGGAUGUUGCAGGCGGAAGAAGAGGCGAUGAUGCUUCAACAGUUUGUUGCUCAACAAGACAACGGCGAAUUCGAGAGGAGAAUAAGGCCUUAUGUCACCCAAGUCCUCAUGUAUGAAGAUCCUGUUCGUCAAGAAGCUGCUCGAAAGACUGUUCCUAAAGACGAGCUCGAGGAGAAAGCUUUGGUUUCUCUCGCCAAGGAGGGGAAUUUCGAGCCAUCGAAAGAGGAAAUAAACUACGCUUUCCUGCUUCAGCUCCUUUUCUGGUUCAAAAGAUCCUUCAGUUGGGUAAAUGAACCUCCUUGUGACUAUUGUGGCAACAAAACCAUAGGCCAGGGGAUGGGAACCCCACUUACCUCUGAGCUUGCUUAUGGAGCAAAUCGAGUUGAACUAUAUCGCUGUACCUCGUGUCCAACGAUAACUCGGUUCCCUCGGUACAAUGAUCCGCUAAAGCUUGUAGAAACAAAGAGAGGUCGUUGCGGGGAGUGGGCCAACUGCUUUACCCUAUACUGCCGCACGUUUGGCUAUGAUUCUCGCUUGAUUCUGGACUUCACUGAUCAUGUCUGGACCGAAUGCUUUUCUCACUCAUUGGGAAGAUGGAUCCAUCUUGACCCUUGUGAAGGAGUGUAUGACAAACCCAUGCUAUAUGAGAAAGGAUGGGGUAAAAAAUUGAACUAUGUAAUCGCCAUUUCCAAGGACGGGGUGUGUGAUGUCACUAAGCGAUAUACAAAGAAAUGGAACGAGGUUUUGUCUAGACGAACUCUCACGACCGAACCAUCUCUGCAAGCUGUUCUUCGAACCCUGACACGUGAAAGGAGAGCCACGUCCCGGCUUUUAUCCGCGCUUGAACUCCGAGACAAAAACGAGCAGGAAGAGCUCGAGAGAAACCUCCAUUCCCCAGACGACGCAUCGGUUUCUCUACCCGGAAGGCAAAGUGGUGACAAGGAAUGGCGCAUUCAGAGAUCAGAGUUCGGUUCAGACGGGAUCACCUCUUCGUCUUGCUCAGUUCGCACGUGCGUUGAUGAACACGUGACCAACAUAUACGACUCGUUCUUCCCUAUCCUGGCCCUGUUCGUUGAGGAUGGUUUACCUGUGGCAAGAGCUGUUGAGGUUCUUAACGUGAUCAAGCAAGUCCUUGUGGAGCUGAAGAACGCGUCUUUUAAAACCAGGAAGGCUCUCUUGAGUUUGGAUUCGUUCCCAGAGCAGUUUUUGCCAGCGAUGGAAGGGCUUCUUCUCGCUCUUUCUUUGAAGAGCGAGAAAGACACAGACGGUAAAAGUCUCACAGUAUACUUGGCGGGUAACCCUACAAAGACGGCUAUAGCAUUGCCGGUUGCAUUGGACGCUUUGAAGGAACUGGUCACUGACCUCAGCAAACGCCAGAACUUGAGCAAAGAUUCACUGUCGUUUCCGUUUCUGAAACAGAACAGGGUGUGUUCUGGUUCGGUUCUCGCAAGUGGUGAAGAGCUUCCUUCUGGCGUUGCAACGGCGGCUUUUGAUGGAAUCCAAGAGUCAAAAUGGGAGGAGCCUAAUGGUGCAAAAGGCUGUUGGAUCAUGUACAAAACACUCUACAACCAGGUGCAAGAGCUCAUAGCAUACGAGAUCAUGUCUGCAAAUGAUGCCCCAGAGAGAGACCCCAAAGAUUGGGUGCUUGAAGGAAGUAACGACGGUGGAUCGACAUGGCAUGUUAUAGACAAGCAGACUAGCCAGGUGUUCGAGGAGCGGUUCCAACGCAAAUCCUACAAAAUAACAUCACCAGGAUUCCAAGCAAAUCUCUUCAGGUUCCGGUUUUUGUGUGUAAGAGACGUGAAUUCGACCUCCAGACUACAGCUAGGGAGCAUCGAUCUGUACAAGCGCCACCAUUAAAUUUAAAAAGAUGCACAUCAAAUGUAUAACUAGAUAUACCAUACUCCUUCAUCAUUGUGUUCACAUUCUGCAAAAUGGUGGGAGAACCAUUGGCCUUUGUUGUUUUAAUGUGGCAAGUGAAAAGCUAUUGUUAUUGCUAAGGAACAACUUCAUGAGACUCUGUCUAUGUACUCUGUUUCAUAAGACCAUAUAAAAGCUCUUGUACUCUGUUU